CAAACAUUUUUUUGCAUUUGGAAUUUACGUUUGUGAGGAACGACGAGACAGUGAGGAGAGUUGGAGGCUUGCCACUGAGGUGAGUGGGAGGGAGGAAGGUUGGGAGCUAAGGGUGCUGACUUGAGAAAGACCAGUGGCGAGUCACAACGCGUCCUUGGUGGUUAGACGAGGAAGACCGCGUUGAAGACUCCCGGAGUUAAUUUUUCCCCUUAAAAAAUAGCGAAAAAAAACAACUUUUUUUUUUGUCUACACGGGGAUCGUGGGAUUACCAAUAAAUCUCCCGUCGUCUUGAUCACUCCAGGCAGUCUCCCAAUGUGCGUAAAAGGGAUUUUUUUCCUGUAUGGACUCGCAGCCUCAGCCGUGCUGCAGGUCAGUGGGAUCCGUAUAUAUACUCCUGGGGAUGUGGAGGCCGUCAACGGGACGGACAUUCGUCUCAAGUGUACAUUCCAGACUUCCUAUAAUAUCAACCCCGAUGCCAUCAUCGUCUCCUGGAGCUUCAGACCCCUUAAACCGGGCCAAGAAGAAUCAGUGUUUCACUACCAGCAGAAGGCGUACCCUCCUCAAGAGGGAAUUUUUAGGAAUCGCAUCCGCUGGGCUGGUGAUGUCAUGGGUCAGGAUGCCUCCAUCAUAAUUCGUGAAGUGAAGUUCACUUACAACGGCACUUACACGUGCCAGGUCAAGAAUCCGCCGGAUGUGCACGGCUCGGUUGGAGAGAUUCGACUGCGUGUCGUCACUACAGCGUCUUUCUCAGAGCUUCUGCUGCUGGCGUUGGCCAUCGGGGGAGGGAUCGCUGUCGUGGUUCUUCUCCUCAUCAUCAUCGUGUCUUGCAGGAGGUGCAAGAGGAAGAGACUGAGGCGGGACGGGGAAGUGGAAGCUACUCGCCAAGACAGAAAAGAUCCCACCGUAUGCCACCCAUUGAGGUCCAUCCACCUGUACCUAUCACAGUCGUCCAUAGAGAUUGACAGUUCAGACGGAAUGAUCUCAGAGGCCAGCACUAAAGAUCCCAGCUCCGAAUCAGGGGGCUCAGAAGACGAUGACGAUGACGACGAAGAUGACAAUUCUGACUAAAGAGGUGGGAAAUAACAAGAGGGAUGUCCAAUUGCUACCAAGAGAAUUAUAUUGCGUCCCAAGUUGCGAGUAGACGAAUGGUGCACUGCUGCUUUUGAAGUCGUGCACGCUGACAUGGUGAAUUGAAGGAAAAAGCUGACGGAUGUCCUGUCUGAACAAUUGGGAAUAGGCACAAGGAGGUUGAAAGUACUUGAAAGGGAAAUUUAAAACGAUUUGUUUUUUUGCUUCCUUUAGUACGACCGAACAAAGGCUGAGUUAAAUCUGCUGACGCAGCAGGUGACUGUUAUUUUCAAAACCCAUUUUAUAUCCCAUUGGCUGGGAUUAUGUUACAUCACUGGCGCAGCUAGAGGGGGGGUUGUGGGGGCCAGUGCCUCCCCCCCCUGAAAUAUGCUUGGACGCUCCAUGUGCCAGGCUAGAUAAUUGACUUUGGAGGUUUUUUUUUUUUUUUUUUUUACCUCCCUCAUGCCUCCCCAAGGAAAAAAAAUCCUUGCUGUGCCAGUGCAUUACAUUACUUGAAUAAAAAAAACAAUUUUGCUAAUAUAUUCCACCUUCAAAAACAAACAGGUUUCUGGUGUUUGAGCCACAGUAUACAAACUCCCAUUUCAAAUGUUGCAGUUUUGAUCUGAAAAACCUUUGAAUGCAAACUGUCUUCUCUCAAUGCAACACAUCCACUAACAUGACUGUAAAGAAAUUUUAUUUCGUAAUUGUAAUUUUAUACUGAUGAUGUAACAUUGUCUCUAGGUUGUUUUUACUUAAUGCCUAAAGUAUUUCAUUCCUUUUUUAUGUAGAGUAUACACACAGAGUUUUUGAAAAUGAUUUUCUAAUAAAAAUGCCUUUUAAGUAUUUA